UCCAGAUCUCAUGGGCGCCGCCUUCCACGUCAACAGGUGACAUCCUUUGAACUAGGUUUCAUUGGAUAUACGACCGAUGGAAAAACACUUUCUUUUCCCGAGUUUUACAUCAUUUCUGCUGACAGUGAAGGAAGAUAUUCGGUGAGAGUCAACGGCUCGUGCACUGAGAGGGUGAAGAUGCUUCGGGUCAUGCUAACCUCUGUCUUGGGAUCCUCCGACUCUUGCGACCUCAGGCAGGAGGUCAAGCUUGUGGACUUUGCCUCUGAAUUGCCAUCACCUCUUGCACCAGAACUAAACGUGACCUUUCACCCUAACGAGUCUAUCGCCGACGAUGAUGAGGACGCCGUCGUGGGUUUCUUCUCUGUUGGCAAGUCGGUUACAGAAGGCCAGCUUGAGCAAGGGUUGUGUGAUUCAAAUUUAGAAAAAACUACGCUGACCCUCUCGACCAUCGACUCAAUGACGAAGAUUCUGGAGGUGGCGCAGGAGGCCUGCAAGCUGUAUUGUCUGACAAUAACUGUGAGUCUGAAUGGAGAAUCCAGAUAUUUUCAAAUCUCCUACAUCCUACCAAACUUGACUCGAGCAGUAAACGGCCUCACACCACCAGCAUCGCCACGAAUUUCAUCCUGGCAGCCGGCGUCUCCCAGCUCCUCAUCAUCGCCAUCAUUGCCUUUAUCAUCAUCGCCACAGUCGUCUUUUCCGAGUCGUUCCCACGACCCAUCAACUGAGUUAUCUCGACUAUCCCCCAGCCACUACGAGGAAGGUCCGGUAGCCCACCUGUCCACCCGGCUCGUGGAGAGGAGUCACAGGGCUCCAGCGGAGUCUGCCUGGCCUCCCGAGACCCGCGACACAACAUCACCCACAGACGACAGCAGCGAUGAGACCACAAGCAGUCUUUCCUCCAGAACCCCACGCUCGGAGUUUGGCGAAACCAACUCGUCUUUCAUUCUGGUUCUGUUGCCAUCAGUCGAUCCGCAACAAACAGUUCCAGGCGAAGUUUCUUUAGAAGCACAGCACAGCAACCCGCCUCCAACCACAGUUCUCUUCGACCCCAAUUCCUCCAAAAGUACGGUGUCCAGCUUCCUGGACAUCAACACCGGGAGCAGUGUGGUCAUCGCAGGUGGACUGAUAGCAGCCGCCCUCCUGGCCGUCUUUCUGGCCGGCCGUCAGAUCUACCGACGGCGGCAAAAGACGCUCCGCUGGCAGGAGGACCGUCCGCUCAAGGAUGCUUGUUCCUGCAUUGUCGGCGACGCCCAUUCCAUGAUGGAGAUUGACCCCAGCCGCUGUCGCUCCCUGUCGUCCUCUUCCACCACUCAGCUCUUCGUUCUGCACCGCACUGUCGACAAGGAGCGGUUGCGGAAUGUGCGCGGCUUCCUCCGCUCCCUCGAGGGCGCAGUCGGCGUUGACGUCAAGCUCCACGAAGUCCUCAUCACAUCCUGCGCCUCGGCCUGCUUCUGGCCGUCUGGCGGACCCCCGGGACGGAUCAAGGUUGUCCUCCUGCUGUCCUCUGCUGUGCGGAACAUUCUGAAGGACGUCGACUCCACCGGCGGCAGCUGUUUGAACAGCUGGCGGCGGUGUAUCAUGCAGGAGAUCCCUUGCAAGACGCCACAUUAUUUUUUCGUGUUGCUCAGCCAUGACGUGCUGAAAAACGACGAUGUCAAAUUCUUCCGAUCGGCGCUGCCGGUGGAGCGGAUCUUCGAGAUCGGCAGCUGGGAGUGCGAGCAGUUCCACGCGCUUGUGGACGACCUCUUGCGCGAGGAGGCUUCUUUGUCGGUCGUCUCCCCUGAUUCCGACAACUUGUCGUUCUUUCCUCCACAAUCGUUUGCUGAUGACGCGUCUGUAGAUGCCUACAACGAACUACAGAAAAUGAACGAUGCAAACGAUCUUUGGAGCGGUCAGUCGUCGAACUACUCGCCAUGCACGGUCUGAUGUCACUGUAUACAUGUGACUGUCGUGAUCAGUGAAGGCAGUUUCUGGUGCUCAUCCUAGUGUGCUGGUAUAUUGUUUCAGGGGUUAAAGAAACGGGAAUUACGUGGUUCUACGGUGUCAGUACUUACAAAGAACUUAUACUCGAAGAAACUGUGUGAUAUUGUUCGACUAAGUCGAUAGCUGAAAAAAGCUAAGUCACAAAGGUUCUGUCACAGUCAUCCCUGCAAACCCUCCAGAAUUAUUUGUUCUUUUAUAACUUAUUUAACCAAAGAUCGACAUCUUACAAAGCUUUGUGAUACUUUACAAAGACAAUCGAAGUCUCUUCCUCGACAGAUUGAUAAAACUCAAAGUAUUUUCCUAAAACUGAUACGUUCUUCAACGGGUUUAUUAUGUACCCUACACGUAUGAACUGCCGACGAGGAAGUUAUGGCGUCCACAGGUAAACAUAUUUCCCAUCAUAUCGCUUUCGCAGAGGCGUGAUACGCAAACCAGUUUGACGAUGAAGGCAAAUCAAAUUUUCUUCCAUCUCAGUUCUGAAAGCCGAAGCAGCCUUACAAUAUCAGAACACUCUUUCAAACUUUCUUUCAUCGUGUCGUGGAGGGUCUGGUGUCUCAUACAGACAUGCGCAGACGACAUCGACAAUGUCCAGUCUCUGAGAAAAGUGCAUAAAAUGAUCUCGACACAAACUUCAAAAUGAUACAUCUAAAAUACAUUGUGAAGUAACACAGUAAAUAUUAUAUUCCACUGUAAUAGACUGACUUAUUUUUUGUUAUUUAUUUUGCUCAUGUUCAAGAUGAGAAUCCAGUUUUUGCAUGGUUGCUGCCAUGGUUACCCGCCAUUGCUCUAGGGAUCAUCUAAUUAAUAUGUAAGAAUAGAUUACUGACGCACGCAAACUGCUUGACGAGGUUGUUUUGGGUUUGUUUUUGUUUU